AUGACUGAAUCUUUUGAGAACGGAUCUGCUCAUCUUGACGACGCACCACGUUUAUCUUCCCUAGAGCAACUCCCAUCGUUGCACGUUGCACGCACCCGAAGCAUCACCGCCCCUAGAACCGCGGAUUCCCUUGCCGCCCAACAAACUUUGGAGACGGCGAUCCCUCGAAUCCUCUCACAGGAUAUGGAUCUCCUUGGCUACCGCAAGAUGCAGCGGAUUAUCCUAAGCAAUGAUAGGCUCUUCGACACAGAAGAACAAUACGAAGAAUAUCUGGAUGCCCUCCUUGCUGAGCUUGAAAGGGCCCCCGAGGCGAAACUACAGGGUAGCCGACGUCUAGCUGAUUUCAAGACUCAAGUGCUUGUUACGGUCCAAUACACAUUUCGGCAUAUUAAGCGACUGGUGGAUCGUUCAUCCACAAUGGAAAUAGGACGAUUCUCUUAUCGCAUCGUGAAGGCCCUGAUCCGGGCAAGAGUGCAUUACGACAAAUCCUGCCAUCUCGCGCUAGACUUGCCCGACACCGCGAUGGAGGUUAUCGGGGUUGCAGACCAGGUCGAAGUUGUCGAUACUCUCGUGAUCAUGAUGACGGAGGAAGAGCUCAACGCCCGCUCCCUGUGCAUGGGACUUAAUUUACUUACAACUGUCCUACGGCAUAUGAACACCGAGAGAAACCGUCUGCCACAUGAGUUGGUGGACAAAAUUGGAGAGCCUGUGUCAAAAUACUUGACCAGCAAUCGGGUGGGUCUUCGCCAGGCGGCGACAGAAGUGUGCGUACAACUCCGCAAGAUGGUAGGAGACGAGGAGGAGUUUUGGCAGGUGUUGAGGGAGCCCACCGAAAAUACCCGUCGCCUCUUGACCUACUACCUUGCCAGGUAG